AUGCCAUCUCUCGACGCCUAUUGCCAGCGAUUAAAGGAUAUUGCUAAUCAACUGGCUGAUGUUGACCAACCGGUCUCCAAUCAGCGCCUCAUCCUUCAAUUAGUUAGGGGCUUACCAUCUGAAUUUGACACGACUGCAAGCAUCAUCAACAAGGAAAUUCCUACAUGGGAAGAGGCUGUUAGUUUGCUUCAGUCUGAUCAGCAGCGACAAGAGGCACGGGAAUCCCUUAACGCUUCAGCCGCCUCGUCAAAUGUCAUGACUAUCUCUGAAGAUCAGCAACCACCACACCGCAGGCAGCAGCAACAGCCUACACGCGGAGGUGGUGGCUCAUACAGGGGCGGCGGCAGGGGUAAUCGUCGCGGCGAUGGUUCGGGUCAAAAACUAGCGUAA